CUUGCGCCUCCCGGACAUCCCGGUAAGGCAGGGAGCCUGGUGGGAGUUCGAGGAGCGCCUUGGAGGAUUACCAUCAGGAGACCCUGUAGCCGCCUCUUCUGUCCGCUCCUGCCCCAUAAGUCCUGGUGGAUUGUUGACUUGGCACUCAGGAUGGUCCAGCGUCUGACCUACCGGCGUAGGCUUUCCUACAACACAGCCUCCAACAAGACUAGGCUGUCCCGAACCCCUGGUAAUAGGAUCGUUUACCUUUAUACCAAGAAGGUUGGGAAAGCACCCAAAUCUGCAUGUGGCGUGUGCCCGGGCCGACUCCGAGGGGUUCGUGCUGUGAGACCGAAAGUUCUCAUGAGGCUCUCUAAAACGAAGAAGCACGUCAGCAGGGCCUACGGCGGCUCCAUGUGCGCAAAAUGCGUCCGCGACCGGAUCAAGCGUGCUUUCCUUAUAGAGGAGCAGAAAAUCGUCGUGAAAGUCUUGAAGGCACAAGCACAGAGUCAGAAAGCUAAAUAAAAAAUGACACUCUUUUGAGUAAUAAAAAAAUCACAAGA